UUACAACAAGGAGAAGAAGAAGCAAUGGCUCUGAGAGCAGGGUGUAGUAGUAUUGGAAGAAGGCAAAGAUGUUCAUCUCUGUUAUCGGUUCCUCGAUAUCUACAGCUCCAGCCUCAUCUUCCUCACUCUGCUCCUCAGAGGUUGACAUCAUUUCCAAUUCAUCAACCUGGGUCUAGAUUUGGAAUGAGAGCUAUAAGUGAAGCGGCUGUGAAUCCCGUAACUCCCAAGAAAGGAGAUGAACGAGAAUCAGCACCUGAGAAUUGGAAGAUUAAGAUGCUGUAUGAUGGGGAUUGUCCACUAUGUAUGAGAGAGGUGAAUAUGCUGAGAGAGAGAAACAAGAGUUAUGGUACUAUCAAGUUUGUUGACAUAAGCUCAGAGGAUUACUCUCCGGGGGAUAAUAUGGGGCUAGACUACAAAACCGUUAUGGGAAACAUUCAUGCCAUCCUCUCUGAUGGAACCGUAGUUACUGAUGUCGAAGCAUUCAGAAAGUUAUACGAGCAAGUUGGGCUCGGAUGGGUCUAUGCAAUAACCAAAUAUGAACCGAUUGGAACCAUAGCAGGUGCUGUUUAUGGUGUUUGGGCUAAAUAUCGUCUCCAAAUUACAGGCCGACCACCUUUAGAAGAGGUUUUGGAAUUGCGGAAGAAGAACAAGGGAGAAGUAUGUAAUGACAGAACUGAUUGUAAACUACCAGAAUAACUGAGUAAAGUAGGACGUUGGAAGUUCAGCUUUUGGUUGCUUCCAUUUGCGAUCUACUAAGGUGAGUGUAUAAGAUCUACAUCAAAUGCUGGGACUUUCAUCAAGUGCGGGGUUAUAGAUCAAACUGGGGAGUUGCUCUCUGCUGAGAAACAACGUGUAAGAAUGCAUGCUAUUCCUUGCUGAUCUCCAUAUUCGGAUGACAGGAAUAUAGUGUAUAAUUGUCAAACUCAUGGAUUCUUUUCCAGAAUUAUACUAUAUGUCAAGUUGUAAACAGUUAAACAGAUUGCUGAACUUAAAAACUCCCUAUCUAUAAACAUUAUGUCGCAAAUACAAAGCAUUAGAGGGUGAAUAUGAGGAGUAUGUAAUGAAAAUUCUACGAUUACUUUGAUCAUAGUAAUUUGCA